ACUCCACAUCACGUGCAAGUCCCCUACCCUGGCUUAAUACAAAUGCCUCACUCCUGCCAAGACUCCGAUUCAAACUCGCGUUCACCCUGAGCUACCUUAGUUCACGUUGCCCUGAGCUAGCGCUAGAUCGCCACUGCCCCUCAAAAACUCUAAUGUGGGCUCAUGCGACUCUGAGAAAUUGAAAGUCGCGCCACUUUUUAUCCCCAGCGUCACGCGUUUUUGCCCUACCGCCUUCAACGUUAGGGAGCAUGCUCUGGUUUUGCGAGCGUUGUUCUUUGCAUCUCUGUGUGUCUUUCAGUUUCUUCCCUUAACCUGACACCUUCCUCUCUCUGGAAUUGUCUUUGAUCACAACCCACCACACUCGAGAGGCAAACACAAUGGCCACCACGCUCUCCAUGGGCUCGGUGUUCAACAAUGCCACCUACACCGCCAUCGCCGACGUCAUGCUCCCUCACACGCAGAACACCUAUUGGCACGAGUUCUACGAGAUUUCCAAGACACAACUACAACUCAACUACUUUGAGCGAUUGUGGGAGGCGUGGUAUGCGUACAUGAACAACGACACCCUCGCCACCGGCAUCCUCAGUUUCGUCAUGCAUGAGCUGGUAUACUUUGGGCGGAGUCUUCCGUGGAUCAUUAUCGACUGCAUGCCGUCAAUGAACAAGUACAAGAUUCAAGAUGCAAAAGUACCCUCGGCAAAAGAGCAAUGGAAUUGCGCGAAGCUCGUCCUCCUCCAGCACUUCACCGUCGAACUACCCCAGAUCUGGCUCUUCCAUCCCCUCGCCCACUACUGCGGCAUGAAAAUCUCCGCCCCCUUCCCGCCACUCUGGAAGAUGGCCUUCCAGAUCGCCCUCUUCUUCGUCCUCGAAGAUGCGUGGCACUACUGGCAACAUCGCUUCCUUCACUGGGGCCCCAUGUACAAGUACGUGCACAAGAUCCACCAUCAAUACUCCGCGCCCUUUGGAAUGGCCGCCGAAUAUGCUUCACCAAUCGAGGUCGCGUUUCUCGGCCUGGGGACCGUGGGUGUGCCGAUUGUCUGGUGCGCCCUGACUGGCGACCUGCACGUCUUCACCAUGUACAUGUGGAUUGUCCUGCGCCUGUUCCAGGCCAUUGACGCCCACUCUGGCUACGACUUUCCCAUCAGCAUGCGCCAUUGGUUCCCGUGGUGGGGUGGUGCCGACUUCCACGACAAGCAUCACGAGAAGUUCAUCGGCAACUACUCCAGCUCGUUCAGGUGGUGGGACUACAUCUGCGACACCGAGAACAGCCCCGAGGCGGUCAAGAGGCGGAGAGAAAAGAGGAUUGCCGCGUUGAGGAAGGUGCAAUAGAUGGUGCGGUGGAUACAAGGGAUACGAUUGUUCCCCGAGCAGGACUCCGGAGCGCUACUGUUGAUUUUUUGGAAAGCCAUCCGUGCGGCUGUUGGCUAUUCCCUCGUAAGGCGUCGGGGUGUUCUCUCUGACCUUCUUCAUCGAUCAGCAUGGGAACGAUGGGCGGGUUUGUUGCUUUUAGAUUGUGCAUAUCCUUCAGUUCUUCACGGCAGAUUUGUAGAGAGACGAAUGAAUGGCUCAUCCUGCGGUAUGCGUGGAUGAGCAGCUCGAAUGUGCUUUCACAUUUCCACGUUGCUCUUUCCCUAUCAAGUGACACGCAUGUUGCUAGAUCAACACUCUUG